AUGCGUUUUAAUCACCUGUACCGCGCAUCCCAUGUACGACGGCAGAAGUAUGCAGUGCGUCUGUUUGUCGUAGCUGUGGUAUUCCUUCUUUUUGUAUGCUUCGUGAUGCAGUUACAUACAUUACCGGGUGAGAAAUCAAUUUCGGAGUCGCUCUCUACUCCUAACGGAGAGUCGGUAGGGGUACAUCUCAAUUCUUCCCAUCGUUUUGGACGAAACGAUACGGUGCAGACGCCGCAGGAGCAGCAACUCAUCGAUGUGAUAACCAAACACAUUGAUUCAUAUGAUGUCCUCCCCUUGCGUGAGGGCGAGUCCUUCAUUUCGUUCAAGGAAUUUGUUGCGUGCCUUGGUGCGCGGCUCCAUUUGGACGUGGCGAACCGCCGAGAGCUGCCCUUCCCUCCAGAGGACCAAAGUCGCAGCAUUCCCUUUAUGAUCACCACCCUCUCCCUUGGGUUUCACGAUGCGAAGCAGUCCGUUUGCCAGCACUCCGUUUCGAUCCGUCACCUGCUUUACGUCAACCACGGCGAUAUACCGGAGGUUCGACUGGGGAUGGAGGGCCUUCAGCUCGUCUUUCAGGGCUGGACGCGGCGUCUCCUCAUCCGUCACCACCCUGAGACCCUCGGCCUCGCGGCCGCGCUCAACGUCGGCCUCCGGGAGGCCCUGGCCCUCCCCCCCCGCGAGGUGCCUUUCGUCCACGUCUGGGAGAGCGGCGCGCGUCUGUCCAGCGCCGCCCUCCGGACUUCCUUGGAGCGGAUGCACGGCCUCACCAGGGGCGACGAAGGCUGCAUUCACCGCCUGCAAGCAGAGGUGGAUGCGGGGGAAGGACGACGAGCGGGAGACGGCGUGCGUUUGCGAGCCUCGCCCUCUCCCGCUUCAUUUCUCGUGCACACCCCACCUGAGGGGAUCGUCCUCGAGAGGGGCUGGGCGAAACUUUCGACGUCGGCGUUAUGCCCUGGAGGCGUCUUGGACGAUCACUACGCUGCCGCCAAGGCGCUCUUUCGCGACCACCACGCGCUCGUCAUCAGUGAUAGCACCACCCCAACGGCUUCUUUUUUUAUCUCACGCUUAGCCAUGUUGGUGGUGGGGUAUUUUGAUGAGAACACCUUUCCCGGCGGGUUUGAACUACAGGACUAUUGCUGGCGUGCGAAAAUAUUAGGCUUUGGGGUGACCACCCUUGAUGAGCUAAAAAUAGUGAAACGGUUCUACGAUGACGUCGAAUCUUUUAUUAUCGAUGGUGAUGCUGCGAUGGGCGUUUUUGGUAAAGGUGAUGGGCGUAGCUCGUCUCUCAACCCAAAGCCUGAGCUUUCGCCACAAGCACGCGCCUUCUUGAUGAUGAUGCGAAAAACCUUCACUCGGGGUGUCUUUAGCGCGUAUAUGAUGUGGAAGUGGCAGGUGCAACAGCCGGUGGAUUUACAAAACGCGGAUCCGCCAGGGCUGCCAUACGAUGGAGAGCGUUUUCCAGACGGGCUCGCUCACGUGCGGGUGGACUCCUGGCUGUUGGACUGGAGGCGGGUGGUACACAUCAAGCGGUACCUUUCCGGGCAAACACAGAACGCGUCCGGCAUCAAUUACAAUUCGAGCCUCUUGAGCUAUUUUAUUUAG